AUGAUGCUACUUGUCUUGAUUGCUGUUGCAGCAGCAUCAGCGACGAGGGCUGCUGCCAUGGAGCAACAUUGUCUUGAUCCUGUCGAUUGUCCUUUUUAUCCAGUACACAGCUGCUUUGCAACCGAACGAGGCCUCAUUUGUCAGAAUCGAAAUAUGGGUGGUUUCGAGUUGAAUCCCAAUCCGGUCGAGACGUUUGUCUAUUCGCCCUAUCGAACAGAGGACGACACGGGUGAGCCCUGUAUCACGAUACCACUUUCGGACGAGCUAUACAGUUAUGUGGAUUAUCGAGGACCUGAGGUGAUUGAUCAGGGUGAUUUGGAUCUUAUUGGCAACUGCAGUCGAUUAUCCUAUUGCGACCCAAAGACAAGAACCUGCCAACCUAAACGCAACGUGGGGUCAUCAUGUCGACACAAUAUGGAAUGCUUCUUUGGGAUGGAUGUGCUACCAGGUCACUGCGCUAAUCACUCCGUUUGUGCCGUGCGUGAGGAUUUACCACCGUAUUAUGGAGCUGGCCUACAUCAAUGGAAGUUGGGUGAUCAAUGGAAGUCGGCAGCGCUUGCAGUCAUAGCAACAGGAGCCGUCGUCGUGUUUUUGGUCGUUGGCAGGCAACAAGUCGGACGAUUAUUCAAAGCGCUUCGUCACUUGAUUCAACAAUGGCGACAACAACCACCAACAGUACCAGGCCUCAAUUGGGUCUAUAAACGUUUCAACACUUCCAACAGAGAUGAUGGUGCCUAUUAUCCGCUACAGCAAACUACCAUCGUAGACGAACAACCACCUGCAUAUCGCGAGUAA